CCGUAGCCCACCAUCCUGCUUCUGCCGACCGUUUGUCACAGCACGGCUCUGAAACCACUAGGAGCCACCAGACCACAACGCAGCAAACCACAACACAACGCAACAAACCGCAAGACCAGCCCGAUCUUGCUUGCCCCGCAAAAACCACAACAACCACUAGCACAAGCACUAGCACCACCGCGAACGCACACCACCGUCAUGCUGCUCGUCGACAUCGGCCAGCUCCCCUCCCUCAAGAAGGGCAUGUCCAGCGAGGAAGAGGCCUCGAAGCGGCGCAAGACCUGCCGGUUCAUCGAGGAGGCCGGCCGGAGGCUGAAGCUCCCCCGGGUGGCCAUCUCCACCGCCGAGGUCUUCUUCCACCGGUUCUACGCCCGGCACGCCUUCCAGGAGCACGACCGCUUCGAGGUGGCCGUGGCGGCCCUGGUGCUGGCGGCCAAGACCGAGGAGGCCCCCAAGAAGCUCAACACGGUCCUGCAGGUCUGCCACGGCCUCAAGACGAAGGGCCAACAGAUGGGCCGCCUGUCGGCCAGGCCCGGGGACGCCGGAAACAGCGGCGUCGGCGAGCCCUCGGACCCUCCCCCCCUCGACACCAAGGGGGAGGAGUUCCUCAAGCUCAAGGAACGGGUCCUCCUGCUGGAGCGGAUCAUCCUCCACACGAUCGGCUUUGAGCUCUCCAUCGACCACCCGUACCGGUUCUUUGUCGAGCAGAUCAAGAAACUCCUCCAGGGCCGCAAGCUAAGGUACGCCAAGGACUCGAGCUCCGAAUCCCUCGAUCCCCAGGCGGCCCGGAAGAAGAUGUUCAACGACCUGGUCCAGUACAGCAUGAGCACGGCCAACGACAGCUACCAGACCUCCCUCUGCCUCCAGUACGGGCCGAGGCAGAUCGCGACGGCCUGCGUCUUUCUGGCCUGCAUGUUCCUGGGGAUCGAGCCGGAGAACGGGGACUGGAAGACCACCCUCUUUGAGGGCAGCAGCAGCAGCGCCCAGGGGGGCGGCCCCGAGCGGGACCACGACGAGGACCUCGAGGCCCUCGUGAACAUUUGCGCCCAGAUCGGGGACCUCCUCUCCGACAAAAAGUCGAGCGAAAGGGACGCGGUCCGGAAGCUCCGCGCGGCCCUGAAGCACCUCCGGAACGGCGCCGGAGCGGGCGCGGCCUCCGGCUGUUCCCGGUCCCCCCUUCCGCCCAGCCCCCGGCCGCCUCCCCCGCCGCCGCCCCCGGGGGCCUCGCCGGCCAAGCGGCGAAAGGUGGCGUAGGCCCCCGGGAGAGCGAUUGAGCGAGCGAGUUGCCGAGUUAGCGAGUUGGCCACCCGCGGGGCAAACCGGGAGGCUCCGGAAGCAGCACACCAAAGCAAACYAGACCAAAAAAUCCGACGCAACCACUACGGCGGGAGAGGGGGCGGUACGGUGUGCAAUCCUACCCCAACACAAGCACCGGAGCAGAUUCUUUGACCGCAGAGAAAMCCCACACUUGUACCCUAUGAUCCAACGAAAACCAAUGAACGAAGAAGGACGAAACAAUUGAAAUUACCAACUCGAACACCUGUACACUAUAAAUAAUAAACGRAC